GCCUCUUUUCACCUCACUCGUUCUCCACACAUGCUUUAACCUCAAACAACACAAACGGCAACAAAAGCUGCUUCUCUCUCUACUAGUCUUCACUUAGCUUAUGUGACUACCCCCGCUGUUUGCCGACGUGGUAUCUCCCGAGAGCGGGCAGUCACCUCCCCUCCCUAAGUCAGAUUCGUCUCCACUCCAAGGAAAUACACUGUACCUUCGAGUCGAGUAAAGAAACUACAGUCUUCCACACUUUUCCAGCUGGAGGCCCACAGAUACAUUUUAAGGGGGGAAAAAACAGCCAGGUUGUCUUCACUAGAGGAGGUUGACGUUGAAAUAUAGGCUGACAAGUCAUGAGGAGUAUACUUCUGAAUCCCUGGGAGAUCCUCUGAACCCUCCUUCCUCCUCCUUCCAAUGUUUCAGUGGUUGGGGCCAUGGCCUCUCAGUCAGGCAACAUGAACCGUGAGGACCGGAAUGUGCUCCGAAUGAAAGAAAGAGAAAGGAGAAAUCAAGAAAUCCAGCAGGGAGGAGGAGGAGAGGCCUUUCCAGCGAAUUCCCCUCUCUUUCCUGAACCCUACAAAGUGUCCAGCAAGGAAGAUAAACUGUCCAGCCGUAUUCAGAGCAUGCUGGGCAAUUACGACGAGAUGAAAGAGCCGAUCGGUGACACACUUCCAAAGCUUGGCGGAAAACCUUCUAACAGCUCAUCUUCCUCUGAGGAUAAAUCGGGCCCACCUUUGUUUGGCGGGGACCAGCGUGGCGUCGGUAGCGGUGGCACAGGCCAGAGCAGUAAGUGGACUCCUGUCGGCCCCGCAGCAGGUGGAUCUUCAUCCCAGUCCCAGAAACGCUCAGGACUAGGCAGCCAGAGGGGCAACGGAGGCAGUAGCGGCAGCAGCAGCAGUAGCCAAAGACACGGAGGGGAGGUCCGGGAAAAGAAGUCAAGUAAACACAGUGGAGAGCACUCAAAGUCACACACAUCGAGUCCGGCCAAGGGCUCUCUGAGUUCCUCCAGCAGCAACAGCCACUUGCGGAGCUCCUUGUCUGCUGAACAGCAUCACAGCAAGGAGCGCUACCGCUCCAAGUCCCCAAGAGACAGAGAGGCAAACUGGGACUCGCCCUCGCGGGUUCACACCUCCUUCCCCACUGGACAGCACUCGAGUCAGGCCUUUCCCCCAUCUCUCAUGUCCAAACCCGGCUCCAUGCAGCAGAAGCCCACAGCGUAUGUGCGGCCUAUGGACGGCCAGGAAACGGCAGAACCCAAGAGCGCACAAGCAGAAAGCUACAGUGGACAGUCGCACAGCAGCACCAUGGGAGAGAUGAAGUCCAAUAGCAAGGCCUCACUUUCUAAACUCAAGAUCCCCUCACAGCCUGUAGAGGGAUCCGGUGACGCCAACUGUGUCGAUGAGAUUCUGAAGGAAAUGACUCAGUCGUGGCCCUCUCCGCUGACAGCCAUCCACACCCCCUGCAAAACUGAGCCCUCCAAGUUUCCAUUCCCCACCAAGGAUCCUCACCCUUUUCCAAGUGGACACAAACGAGGCAGUUCUUCCAAGAGCUCCAGCAGCCACCAGCCCAAAGCUUGCGAUGAUCAGCCAACUAGGCUGGAAGAAGACCUGAAGCUAAGCAGCAGUGAGGACAGUGAUGUAGAACAGGACUCUGCCAAGAAUGCCUCAAGGAACACAUCAGCAAGCAAUAACAGUGAAGGAGCAGAGCAAUCAAGAGAUGACUCAAGCAGCCACAGUGGCUCCGAGAGCAGCUCAGGCUCUGACAGCGAGAGCGAAAGCAGCACGACAGACAGUGAAGCUAAUGAGCACCCACGGCCCGCCUCUCCUGAACCUGAACAACCCAUGGCCAACAAGUGGCAGCUGGACAACUGGUUCAAGAAGGCCAAGCAGUUCUCACCAGCUUCCCCAGUGGACAAUAAUGUUCCAACAAAGUGCAAGAAAGAGGGCAGAGAUAACGGCUCCGGCCGUGGCUAUGGCAGCCAAGGCGGGGGGUCAAAAGACUCUACAGCACCUACCCCAAGCAGGGACCUACGGGCAGCGCAAAAGGGUGCAGAGGGUGGCCGUGGCCGGCAAAAAUCCCCCGCCCAGAGCGAGGGUGGCACUAAUCCCAGAAGGAGUGUGGGUAAAAAACAACCUAAGAAGUCUGAGAAGCCCCCAGUGGUGGAGGAACCCAAAGGAGGUCUGAGAGUGGAGAGUGAACCGGCUCCAGAGAUACCUCCUCACCGGCCCAAAGCUGCUACUAAAGGUUCCCGUAAACCAAGCAUCAAAAAAGAGCCUAAAUCCUCUCCGAGGCCCACUGCGGCCGCCGUCACCACCACCGCAGAUAAACGCAAGGCCAAGGUAGCCACCAAGACUCCCCAGCAGAAGUCUCGCGAGUUUGUUGACACGGACUCUUCGUCGUCGGACUCCGAGGGGAAUGACAGCAUCCCAUCCUCGUCGCAGACACCCAAGUACACAGAGAGUAUCAGGACCCCCGUGUGUGUGUUCUCUCCAAUGGAAGAGAAAGAGCUGUUGUCUCCGCUCAGCGAUCCUGAGGAGCGCUACCCUGCGAGACCGACUCAGCAGCAGGUUUUACUAGUGAAGAUAGAUCUCAGCUUGCUGUCUAGAAUCCCAGGGCGGCCCUACAAAGAGCCUGCGGAGAUAAAAGUGGAGAGAGAUGACUCUCUAGACAGGGACAGCAAAGACUUCAGCAAACAGAGCUCUGAGAAGAGCUCUAGUAAGGCCAAGAGGAAACACAAGAACGACGAAGAAGGCACCAAGCCAGAGAGCAAGCGGUGCAAGCUGGAGGAGAAGUCCCUAUCUCAUCAUAAAAACAGCAGUAAAGAGUCUAAGAGGUCUUUGGAGAAGAAAGAGGAGCCAGUCCCCUCUCCCUCCAUGUCAGGUCUUCAGCGGACACCCAAGGUCGAGCAUCUGAGUCGGAAGAGGACAGUCAGCCAGUCCUCCACCUCUCUGUCCAGCGGGACAGGAAGUGGAAAGGAGGGAAGCCACAGCACCAAGGGCAACUCCACCUCCAAACACAGAAAAGGAGAGGACAAGGGACGCAGCACACGCGAUGGCAAGGAGAAAUCCUCAAAAGGCUGUGAUAACCAGCUGGUUGUGCCGCCGCUCUCCACGGACGGCUCCAAGUCUCAGAGAUCCAAGCUGGUGUUUGAGGACAGGGUCCAUUCAGCAGAUCACUACUUACAAGAGGCCAAGAAGCUUAAACACAAUGCAGAUGCACUGUUGGACCGUUUUGAGAAGGCCGUUUACUACCUGGACGCCGUGGUGUCUUUCAUUGAAUGUGGUAAUGCCCUGGAGAAGAGCGCCCAAGAGGCCAAGUCUCCCUUCCCCAUGUAUGCUGAAACGGUGGAGCUUAUCAAAUACACUAUGAAGUUAAAAAGCUACAUGGCCCCAGAUGCUACUUCUGCAGACAAGAGGCUAGCUGUGCUUUGCCUACGAUGCCAGUCCCUCCUCUACUUGCGGUUAUUCAAGCUGAGGAAAGAGAGCGCACUAAAAUACUCUAAAACACUCACUGAACACCUAAAGAAUUCUCUGAGUAACACCCAGGCUCCCUCUCCUGGAAUGGGAAACAAGGCAGCGGGCAUGCCGUCUCCAGUGUCUCCCAAACUGUCGCCAGGCACGGCCGGUGGCUACUCGUCGGUCAGCAGCAGCAGCAGCGCCAGCUCGUCCGUGACCAUCCCUCAGCGUAUCCACCAGAUGGCCGCCAGCUACGUUCAGGUCACCUCCAACUUCCUGUACGCCACUGAGGUUUGGGACCAGGCUGAGCAGCUAUCCAAGGAGCAGAAGGGUAAACUACUUCAGAAAAUAGAAUUCUUCUUGGAGUUGGACAAGGUGAUGGGUCCUCUGAUCUUCAACACCAGCAGCAUGACAGAACUGGUGCGUUACACACGGCAGGGCCUCCACUGGCUGCGCCUGGACGCAAAGCUCAUUCCCUAGCGAGGACUCGCUCCCUGCACGCUGCUUCUACACACACACACACACACAUAUACACACACCUCAGCCUCUGGUGUUCAGCAACAUGUGCUCAAAGACACACAAGCAUGCCCUCACAGACAAACACAUACAAUAAUGUACUGUAUACACACACACACACACAGUCCACCUCUGGUCCUCCAUUUACACACACAGACACACACACACACGUGAUGAACUUCUCAGACAUAUCUUCAACACUGUGUCCAUUUCCUACACCAGCUUGCCAAAAACACUGAGCAAUUUAGAGCAUCUCACACCGUCGACAGCACCACACAGGGAGAAGCAUCGAAACUGCAGCACAGGAACAAAACAAAAAAAAGCUUAUCGCCACGCUUCAUAUAUCAGCAUUCUUACAAAAUCUUCAAAGGCCAUGUUUUUAUCUAUUUGGCAUGGAAGCGCUGGGUGAAUUAUUUGUUAUGUAUAUGCUUAAAAAUGGGGUUUGGUUUUUAGGCUACUUUGGCUUAACUUUUUAUUUGACUUUAUUUCACCGAAGUACCUCCCAUAAACACCAAAGGUGCUUUAAAAUGAAGGUUUCUCUUUAUCAUUUGUGUGCCUUGUAUGUGACCUACAGGAAAACAAACAGCCACCCAUCAUAUCUGAAUACAUUGUUUUUAUUUUACCUCUCUUUUGCUCAUUUAAACAUUUAGCAGUUAAUGGAAGCUGGCAACGAUUAUGUUUUUUUAUUGCAAAACCUUUUGGUUUUUAGUAAAGUCCUGUCCACGCAUCUGGCAUUUUAGAGCAAAAAGAUGGUGUUGGUCACAAAUUAAGAUACCUUACACCAUCUUGAUUUAUCUGCCCUUCAAAGUCUCUUGGCACUGAAGGUUAAUCUUGGAGCAUGCCCACAAGAUUUUAUGGACUGUAGGAAGGGCUACUGUGCACAGCAGAUUAAUACUUCUGACACACACAUAUUUAUAAAUGUUUUCUUUAUCGAUCAGUGUAUUAGUUUUUAACAGUGUACUUUUAUUUUCCACAAUCAUGAACUUCUUAUAUCCCUGCUAAAAAUUGAAUUUCGGUCAGUUUUGUUCAAACAACUGUGGUCCGGUUUGAUGUAAGGAGCGGCAUGGCCUCUAGGGGCCGCUAGCAGGGGCUUUUAGACUUAAGGCCUUAAUAAAAUUGAUAAUUUUAAUGUUCUCUCUAAGAGAUUUGCUGUCUCUGAAGCUCCAGAAUACAAAUCUCUUCCUAUGAAAUGUUUUUAAACUUGUAGCUACAUUGUUCAUUGAGAAAUUUCCUCAAGGAUGAGUCACUUCCGGACAGUGUUACACUUUUUUUUUUUUUUUUUCUCUUCCCCUUGUUUGCUCAGAGUGUAUUUUUCUAAGGAACAGCAGGGAGUGUCUUAAGUAUUGAAAUCAUUUCCACAUAGUCAAUGCAGUUAUUACCGUUACAGUUUAUAAAAACUGGGCCUGAGUGACCACUAAUUCGGCACAUCAAAAGCAAAUUUAUGGGGAAAGUAAAGAUGUUCUGUAGAGAAUCAUCAGUGAUGCAGAUUUGCAGUGUUGCAUUUAUAGAACAAAGAGUUUUAAAUCUAUGAUUAUAUAUUUCAAAAAUAUAACGGCCAAUAUAGAUUUUAUUUAUAUACCAAGCAGUUUUUGGUUUUUUGUUCAUCUUCUGGCCAGGCAGAAGUAUAACUUUUCAAACGCAUACUUGUAAAACAGGGUUGAACAAGGGUUAAAAGAUGCAAAGUAUUUGUAUAUGUAAUUGUUCCUAUUUAAAUUUAAAAAAUCUUAAUCAUACUUGUAUUACAAGACGGUGGAUAAGGAAUGCAUCAGCUAGUGUUUGUUAAUGUGGCACAGCAGGUUGGGAUAAAGACGCUGUCCAAAUAUACAAACAUUUCUGUUGGUUAUUUAAAAUUACUGGUUGUCAUAAACAGGGAAUGUGGAUGGUAGCGGCUUCGAGUAAAGAUGUUAAUAUUACACCCAAGAUUUUAGACAGGUGUUUGGUUUGUUCAAUGACAUGAAGGACUGUCCUUUUUUUUUUGCCCACUUCCUACUAAAACAUGCUGGAAAUAUUAAAGCCUGGGCCAAAUAGUAUUGCUUGGUUUUAUGUUAGUUAAUGGCAGAUGAGUUUGGAAAGGAGAGAAGUGGCAGGAAGUUUAAGACCUGUGAUAGUCUAUAACUUUAUGGCACUUUUCUUCUAUUUUCAAACAUACAUUUGGUGUAUUUUCUGACACCUCAUCCUUUUUUUUUCAUCUCAAGAGAAAAACAGACAAAAUAAUUACAUUUGUUCCAGUUUUAACUUUUGUUGUUUUUGUUG